CGUCUGAGGGUGCCGCGCUGCAUUCCUCGGAAUAAACAAAUAUCACAACAGAGGAGACGCAGAAGGGGAGGGGAGCAAGAUGUGCAGCAAAACCAAGAACAGCGAGGCCCUGAAGGUGGUGGUAAGAUGCCGCCCAAUCAACAGGAAAGAAGAAGGGGGCGGCUACGACAGGAUCGUGGCCAUGGAUGUCAAAUUGGGGCAGGUGACCAUCCGGAAUCCGAGGGUGAACCCCGGGGAGCUGCCAAAGACAUUCACCUUUGACGCCGUCUACGACGCCGGUUCCAAGCAGACAGACUUGUACGAUGAGACAGUCAGGCCUCUCAUCGAUUCCGUCCUGCAAGGGUUCAAUGGCACCAUCAUUGCCUACGGGCAGACCGGCACGGGCAAGACCUACACCAUGCAGGGUUUCUGGGCCGAGUCGGAUAAAAAAGGGGUGAUUCCCAAUUCCUUUGACCACAUUUUCACCCAUAUCUCCAGGUCCCAGAACCAGCAAUACUUGGUGAGGGCGUCCUACCUGGAGAUCUACCAAGAAGAGAUCCGAGACCUCUUGUGUAAAGACCAGAACAAGAAGUUAGAACUCAAGGAGAACCCUGAAAGCGGAGUGUAUAUUAAGGACCUAUCCUCCUUUGUGACCAAGAACGUGAAGGAGAUAGAGCACGUCAUGAAUUUAGGGAACCAGGCUCGGUCGGUGGCCUGCACAAACAUGAACGAGCACAGUUCCAGGUCCCACACAAUCUUUGUCAUCACCAUAGAGUGCAGUGAACUGGGUGUGGAUGGGCAGGAACAUAUCCGAGUGGGGAAACUCAACCUGGUGGACCUGGCUGGCAGCGAAAGGCAAAGCAAAACAGGGGUGAAUGGAGACCGGCCCAAGGAGGCUUCAAAGAUCAACCUCUCCCUAUCAGCCCUGGGUAACGUCAUAUCAGCUCUGGUGGAUGGUCGUAGCACCCACAUUCCCUACAGAGACUCCAAACUCACCCGUCUAUUACAGGACUCUCUCGGUGGCAACGCUAAAACCAUAAUGGUGGCCACCCUGGGCCCAGCCUCUCACCACUACGAGGAGACCUUGUCCACUCUCAGGUUUGCCAACAGGGCUAAGAACAUCAAGAACAAGCCAAAAAUUAACGAGGAUCCCAAGGACACUCUGCUGAGGGAAUUCCAGGAGGAGAUCGCCAGGCUGAAGGCCCAGCUGGAGAAACGAGGGAUGCUCAGCAAGAAGCGGCGGCGGAACAGCCGCAGGAAAAAGUCGGUGGACGGGGAAACCAUUCCGGACACGGAGACCGAGGAGGAGAACGACGACAACUUCAUAGAGAAGAACAUUCGGAGCUACUUGAAGGAACAAGCUGAGAGGCUGCAGCAGGAGAAAGCCGCCAUCCAGGAGGACCACAGCCUGCUGGAGGAGGAGAAGAUGAAGCUGAUUGAAGAGAAGGAGAGGAUGAUGGAGGAUUUAACAAAGGAGCAGAAAGCCACGGAGAUGCUGGCCGUGAAAUUCCAGGCGAUGGAGAGCAAGCUUCUGAUUGGAGGAAAGAACAUCAUAGACCACACAAAUGAGCAACAGAAGAUGCUGGAGAUAAAGCGUCAGGAGAUCGCUGAGCAGAAAAGACGAGAGCGCGAGAUUCUGCAACAGAUGCUAGUUCGGGAUGAGGAGACGGUGGAGCUGAGAGGGACGUAUACAUCCCUGCAACAGGAGGUUGAAAUGAAGACCAAGAAGCUGAAAAAGCUCUAUGCCAAACUGCAGGCGGUGAAGGGGGAGAUCCAAGACCAUCAUGACGAAUAUGUACGAGUGAGACAAGACCUUGAACAAGCACAAAAUGAGCAGACCCGAGAGCUGAAAUACAAGUAUUUGAUCAUCGAAAACUUUAUUCCUCCGGAGGAAAAGAACAAGAUCAUGAACCGCCUGUACUAUGACGCUGAGGAGGACCAAUGGAAGUUCCAGCCGCUUGUGCUACCAGGAAAGUGA